AUGAUUCGCGCUAAAGUGACAUCUGAACUUGAUGACGCUUGCAUGCCAUUACGUAAAUGGAAAUCGAAUAACCAAGAAUUAAUGUUUAAUGAAACGUCUAAUCCUUCUCUUGAUCUUAAUAUGGGUCAUUCUGAGCCAAGCAAAACCCUGGGAUUGGGUUGGUUGACACACUCAGAUGAUCUAUGCUUUCCCGCAAAUUCACCAUUAAGUCCUAAACACACUAAGCGUGAGAUGUUGUCCAUCAUAUCGCAAGUCUUUGAUCCCAUGGGAUUAUUGGCUCCAUCCAUAAUACAGAUGAAGAUGUUACUUCAAAGACUUUGGUUAAAGGGGAUAUCUUGGGAUGAAAGGUUACCUAACGAUAUUCAAAUUAUAUGGAUAGAGUUUGUCAAAAGUUUGUCAUAUUUAAAUGAUCUUCGAAUACCUCGUCGCGUAGUUUGUAACGAUCAUCAGACAGUGGAGUUCCACGUGUUCACUGAUGCUUCUGAACGAGCUUAUGGUGCUUGUUUGUAUGUCAGAAGUGUUAGCAAUAGUGGUCAGGUUUUGGUGCGUUUAUUGAUGGCAAAGAGUCGUGUCGCUCCCUUAAAACCUACCACCAUACCCAGGCUUGAGCUUUGUGCAGCUCUGGUGGGGGCUCGUUUAUAUAACUCAGACCAUACACCAUUAACGCCUGGACAUUUUAUUAUUGGCCGUCCACUGACUUGUUUACCACAGCCAGACUACCAAAAUCAUUCUACUCACAGCUUGACUCGCUUUCAACGCAUCGAGCAGCUUCGUCAACAUUUUUGGUCAAGGUGGAGCAAGGAAUAUAUCAGUGAACUUCAGCACCGAGUGAAGUGGCGUUUAUGUCAAGACAACUUGAAACCAAAUGAGUUGGUUGUAAUCAAAGACGACCAUUUACCGCCGCUUAAGUGGAAGCUGGGCCGAGUCAUGGCAGUCCAUGCAGGAUCCGACGGAGUUGUUCGAGUCGCGGACAUCCGCACUUCCUCUGGAGUAAUCCGAAGAGCUUUGAAUAGGAUCUGCCCAUUGUUUCAAAACAUUUAUAACAAAAACCCUUCUCACACGUAUUGCACUGUUGAUAUGCUGUGGAGCCUUAGGGCGCGACCUAUAAGCCAUCAAGUGGCACUAAGGCACCAGGCACCAGGCGAACGAGGACUGUCGUCGCUGCUUCUGCAAAAAAAUGACUUGUCUAACAUAGUGUUUAUGUGA